UGCUGCCAGUCAUAUAAAGGAUCCUCUGCUUCACAUUAUGAAAGAAAGACGUGAACUACAAACCUGAAUGCAACCUGGAAUUUCCAGACAGAUGAUCUUGUGACAGCCUUUUCAAGAGUCCAGUUAUCAGGCAAAAGGACCAUCCAGUAACUGGAAUUCAAUACCAACCAGCCCUAAAGAGGAAAGUUCAUGCUUUUGAAAUAUAUUCCUCCAACAAAGGACUUGAGAGAGGAGAUAUAUCAGUAAAAAUAGGGAUCCCACGUACCCCAGCUGUGCCUCCUCAGAUCUGUACAACACCGAUUCAGACUAUCCAAAAAUUUCAACUGUUCCAGCUGUCACAGAAAAUAACUGGGGCCAGCUGAAUGUCAGGAUGCAAGUAGUUACUAUUAUAUUACUACUUCUUCUUUGUAAUGCAUCUGACUGUAGGAGGACAAGGAAUAGGAGUUUGAGAAACAAUGGAAGGGAAAACAUCUUAAGGAGAGCAUCUAGCACUGUUAAGCGCAAUGCCCAAGGCUUAACAUGUGAUAUUUACACUUAUCUUCAUGAGAAAUACUUAGAUUGUCAGGAAAGAAAAUUGGUUUUUGUGGCACCUGAUUGGCCAGAGGAUAUAAAGCACAUGCUGCUAGCAAGAAACAGGAUUCGUAAAUUAAAGAAUAAUAUGUUUUCCAAGUACAAAGUACUGAAAAGUCUGGAUUUACAACAGAAUGACAUAUCAAAAAUUGAGAGUGAGGCUUUUUAUGGUUUGGAUAAACUUACCACACUCUUACUUCAGCAUAACCAAAUUAAGAUUUUAUCUGAGGAGAUUUUUAUUUAUACACCCAGUCUAAACUACCUGCGUCUCUAUGACAAUCCCUGGCAUUGCAGCUGUGAACUAGAAACUCUUGUUACAAUGCUACAGGUUCCAACAAACAGGAAUUUGGGAAAUUAUGCCAAAUGUGUGCACCCAAUAGAACUGAAAAAUCAAAAGCUAAAGCAGAUAAAAGCUGAUGAGCUAUGUAGUGAAAAGGACAGGCAGGAUCCCAAAAACAUAAAACGGGAGAAGCCUGAGCCUGUCAAACCAGAAUUUGAUUCCUCUUUGUGCCACAUGUAUGUGUUUCCCGUGACAACUCUGAACUGCAAAAGAAAAGAUUUAAAGAAAGUUCCAGGUAACAUACCUCCAGAUAUAGCUAAACUUGAUUUGUCCAACAACAAAAUUAGACAGCUACGAGCCAAGGAGUUUGAAGAUGUCAGUGAACUGAAGAUAUUAAACCUAAAUAGUAAUGGAAUAACAUACAUUGAUCCUGCUGCUUUUUCAGGCCUCAAUAACUUAGAGGAACUGGAUCUAUCAAACAACAGCUUGCAGAAUUUUGAAUAUGGAGUACUGGAAGAUCUUUACUUUCUGAAAAUACUGUGGCUGAGAGACAAUCCUUGGAGAUGCGAUUACAACAUACAUUAUCUUUUCUACUGGCUGAAGCAUCACUACAAUGUUCACUACAAUGGCCUAGAAUGCAAAAUGCCUGAGGAAUACAAAGGAUGGUCUGUUGGAAAAUAUGUUCGAAGUUAUUAUGAGGAAUGCCCAAAAGACAAGCUUCCCAUUUAUCCAGAAACUUUUGAUCUGGACAAAGAUGAUGAGGAAUGGGAACGACACAAAGAGCAAACAGUUCAGACAGUAAAGAAGCAUGGUGUAAUUGUCACCGUAAUAGGCUAAUAAGGGAACUCUUUCCCUUAGUAGAUUUAGAUAUUUGAUACUUUGAGAAAGGAAAACAUGCUGUUUACAUUUGUUCUAAAUAUUCUGUUGGUUUAUAGGACUAUCUGCCUACAAAGAUGUCUGUUUAUUGCAGAUACUAACUACAGAAUGACAUUAGUUGGACAGCAUCCUUCAUCUAGCAGUUGUUUUUGACAAUUUGUUCUGGACACUCCUGUGAAAUAUUUUGGCAAAUGUUUGAAACUAUACAGUAAAAAUCGAGAGACACAAAUGUAUAUAAUGUGGUGGGGAGGAGCUGUCUUAUGUAUGAACACAGUUUAUGUGUUCACACAGAAAUAGCUGCAGGAUUGUGAUCAAGACACAUUUUUCUUGAAUGUAUUGAUGGUUCUUUGUAUCUAUCAGUUUCCUGAAAUAUUCCCAGAAAACAUUUCUAAGAUUUUUAUAUUGACUUCCUGUUGUUUUAUUGCAGACUAAAAAAACAAACUUAAGACUAACCUUAAAUACAAUUCUAGACAAAGAGAAA